UGAUAGAGUAAUUUUUUCACACCAGAAAUAAGUUGUCGGCCUCACUUUUUUGAUUUUAUAUAUUUGCAUAUAAGUUAGAACAAAUAUAUUAAUUUUAUAAUGGACAACGUACUUAUUCCCCAAAAUGCCUUUAGUCAGCUAUGCCAAAAUCAACAUAAUCCGGUAGAGCUUGUGGAGAUUAUAAAAAAACUGGACGAAAUAGAAAAAAAUGGAUGUAAAAGCAAGUGGGAACAAUAUCGAAUUGUGUCAGACUUUAUUGAUAUAGUCAUUACUAGCAGUGGAAAUUGUAAAAAUACAGAAGGGAUUGCGCAAAACAUUAUGGAAUGUGUGAAUUGGUUAACACAUCUCCAGCAAGUGCAACUACUACCACAUUUUAAUGGGCCGCAAUUCGGAUGCAUGUUACAUUGGCUUCUGCUACAAAUGGAGACUCAUUGCCUCGAGGACAGCGCAAUUUGUACCGCAUUAGUUGUUUGCUCUAGAAUGUUUGCUGCACAUCAUGAUGAAUGUAGUUCUUAUUUUGAAAAAUUGUUCCAUACCAAAAAUCAGGGAUUUUCGUUAUAUCCAUAUCUUUGCAACAAUCGAGACUAUAGAAUAACCAUUUCAACAAUUCAAUUUCUAGAUUCCAUUCUUAAUGGUCUGAAGGAUGUGCAAUUAACAAGGGAGCAAGAUGAAGUUUGUGUAGAAAUUGCUGAGGUAUUGUUACACUUCUUUUAUUUUGAAGAAAAAUUUGAAGCAGAACAUUUGUCCACAUACAUUUUGUACGCUUUACAAGCACUUCAUAAAAUUGCUGCAUUCUGUAAGGACUUUACUGCCAAGCAUUUAUCUGAAUUGCUUGGUAUUUCGAAAGCGUGCGCAAAUUUUGGUACGGACGUAGGAUUAAAAUUGCCUAUCUCUCAAAAUAUUCACAUGUGUCAACAAGCCUUAUACCAUUUGGUGGAUGAAAAUGAUGUGAACAUAAACAGUGAAAAGGCGCAGGCUAGUGGCGGAAAAACACUAAAAACUCACAAGCCAAGGGCCGUAGCAAAGACUGCACGACCCGGCGAUCGAAAUAUUGCCUUAUGCAGCUCUCAAUCCCCUUCCAUUGGAAAAGGAAUAGGCGUUUUUGAAUCUAUAAGGAAAAGUGAUUCGGAUUUUUCGGAAUUGGAGAACGUUGCAAGUAAAGAAUUUUAUGAGCGUAAUCAAAAAUCUAAGAUACGUUUAUUGGCUAUUACACUUGUGGGUACUGUGGUUCGUAGUGUUGAGCGUAGAAUAGUUUUUGGAUUUUGGCACGCUAUCUUUCCCAGCGGUGUAAGUGAAACGCGAAACGACCUUCUGUACAUCGGUCGCCAUGAUCCAAAUGUGCGAUGUCGCAGUGCGGCCUUACAAGUGUGCUCCCAACUCCUCUAUGGAUCUAAAAGUUUUCUGCACCAGGCUGAAUUUAACGCAAAUCGAUGUCCCUCAACUUUCAUACCGUUUUCUACUGCUUUGGGGUUUACAAUUGUGGCAAUAUAUGAAUGCCUGGCCCGCAUAUUAGCUAUUGAGUCAUCGUUGCCCGUUUUAACUCAAGCCUUAAAAUGUACUGCAGUCUUAGUGCAGGCCACACCAUUGCAACAGUUGGAAAACAAACUGUUAAAGGAAAUGGUGUGUAAAGUUAAACCACUUGUGUUUCAUCGAGAUGUGGCCAUUCAGGUAUCAGCCCUUAUGGUGAUGGAAUUCAUGAUGGCAACACCUAGGAUAACUGUUUGCAUAGCUGAAGCGUUAGGUCUGCCCAAAGAAUUUAUAAAAUUUAGUCCUCCAAAUGACACGCGAAUAGUGGUUACAGUAGAUGAAGAAGUAGAAGGAAAGGAGUUCGCAGAGUUUGAACAUGAAACCAUUGAAAACAAAUUAGAAAGCAAUAAACUUCUUCGAAACAGUGGCAAACAAAAACUGGUACCCAAUAAUAUGUGUAAGGACAAACUGUGGUUACUUCAUCGGAUUUUAGAUAACCUUUAUAAGCACGAUCGCAUCACGGCUACUUCAGUCCGCAUAGAAAGUCUUCAAGUGUUAAUUGCAAUGUGUGGUCACUUUUUUCUAUUCAGCACUCACUUGUCGCAGAUUUGUGAAGCAUUACAGGAAAGCUUGCAUGAUAUUUUGUCGGAUAUACGUUUGUAUGCGGCUCGCUGCAUUGACUCUUGCGUAUAUCAAAUUGGAAGAUAUAUUGAAAUUUUUGGUGCAUCCCAAUCUGUAGUUCAAGAAUUCGAUCAUUUCUGGUCCCGUAUUCUUCCUAAUAUAAUAUCACAUCUACGUAGUGAUAGCAAUGAACUGCCGGCAAUAAAAGUGUGCUUAUGUGAUGUUUUAUCAAAUAUUGGUAUAGUUAUGUUUGAACGCUUUCCUCAUUCGACUCAAAUAAAUUUGUUAACUUUUUUAUCUGGAAUAAGUAGUGAUCCAACGGAAGACACCAUUGUACGGGUAGCUAGCGUAAGAGCAUUGGCUGCGUAUGUACUCUUUCCGUUUCUUCGAAAUGAUUUGGUCUUCGUAGAAAAUACCGCCAAUAUGACAUUAGAUUUAGCGGCAGACUCGAAUUUAUUAGUUCGCAUCAAAGCAUUUUGGUCUUUGGGAAAUAUCAGCGAUGCUCUUAUAGCCAAAGAUUCUGAAACAGCACUACCGCAAGAACGAAUUUCCAAUGAAUUGUUGUAUCGUCUGAUCAAUGAUUCGGUCAACGCUUGUAGCGACAACGAUAAAGUUCGUUGCAAUGCGGUGCGCACACUGGGCAAUCUGUUGUGUUUAUUAAAUGAAUAUCAUUUCAUCGCCACCAACAGUCACCUAAAUUGGCAUCAAUUAUUCGCGGAGGCAGUGGCCAAGUUGUGUGAAUGCAUACGAUCCUCAAGCAAUGCUAAAGUGAAAUGGAACACUUGUUAUGCUGUUAGCAAUUUAGUACGCAAUGCUGAUGCGUUUUCCGUUACUGAAUUGAAGUGGCAAACGACUUUAUAUUCAUCUUUAUGUCAUGUCAUUGUGCACCAUCCCAAUUUUAAGGUCCGCAUAAACGCAACCACCGCCAUUACUAGUAUAAAAGAUCGUUCGCAUUUUGGUACGCAUUUGGACAAUUUUUGGAUUUCACUGCUGGCAGCCAUAGAAAAAUCGCAUAAUUUAGAUAAUUAUCAAGAGUACAACCAUCGUGAUAGCUUGCAGGAGCAGUUGUGUUUGGCUGUAGCACAUAUUGUGCGCUGCUCUUCUAACGAUGAUUUGCCAAUGCUGGAAAAGCAUCUAUUACAAUAUCUAGAUACAAUACGAAAUACUUGGGUACGUGUUAUUAAUCGCAUGGUUCCAGAGAAAGCUGCACCUUUGCUGUCUUGCUCAAUUAUGCUAAAGCAGCUCCUCAAAGAUGGCAAUCUAACUCGGGAGCAAAAAAGUAGUGUUAAAACUUUGUUUGAGAGCUUAGCUAUGUAGUAAAAUUAAAACGAAGUUUGUCUAUGAAUGUUACUAAAUAAAACUCAAAAAUAUUUGAA